CACGAGAGGCCAGCAUCACCAUCAACUGACUGCAGAACAAACCCAGACCUGAAGAGCCAUGAAGACUCUGAGCCUUCUGAGCGUCUGCGCUCUGCUGUCUGUCUGCGCAUCUAUGGGAGUGUACACAGAGCCAGACGCCGCAGAUGAACCUGCAGCCGAGGUGGUGCUUCCUCCCACCGGAGCUCCGGCUGAUUCCGACUCUUCCUCAGCAUCCUCUUCUUCCUCAGCAUCUUCCUCUUCCUCUGAGUCCGACUCCGCAUCCGACUCUGCAUCCGACUCCGCGUCUGAUUCCGCCUCAGAUUCUGCUUCUUCCUCGUCUGAAUCAAACUCCGUCAGCGCUGAAGGAACUCCUGCCCCUCAUGUGCUGCUGAAGAGAGACGUGGCGGCUUCACUGCUUCGACACCGGAGAGCAGGAGCUCCUGCAGCCAACCUGAGCCCUCAGCAGCUGGAGAGUUUGCGAGAGGUGUGUGAAGUGAAUCUGGCCUGUGAACACAUGGCUGAAACCGCCGGGAUCAUAGCGGCUUAUACGGCGUAUUAUGGACCAAUCCCAUACUAACACACACACACACACACAUUCUUUACAUUGACUUCUGAUGUCUUCAUACUGAUAUAUUGAUACACUCACACAAACUUUCCUGUAUUUUUGUUCAUUUUUUCCCCAAGACAUUUAGUGUGUUUUUACGCCAGACAACUUAAUGUAGAUGAUUUCAGGUUUUGUUGUCCUUUCACUGGAAGAAUCAUUUUUCAUGUUCAUAUGCCAGUGAUUGAGACGCUCUAUUGCAAUUAGACUCAGAUUCCUCAGUGUUAGUGAUAUGUGUUUAACUCCUCUAUAUUAUGCCUGUGUAUAGAUAUGAAACAUAUAAUUAGACACGUUAAAUAGAUUGUUGAAGUAGUAAAUUAUUCUUUUUGUUUGUUUUAUGAAUCAAAGGUGCUAUUUCACACUGACUGAAGGCAGAAUUAGUUUUCCUGUCAUGUUCUGUAAAUAAAACACAGCACUGACAUGUUACCUGAAGCUGUUGACAUUUUUGUCAGUUUUAUUUUAUUGUGCACAUAAUACUUGUAU